AUGUCGUCCGGCUUCGAAAAGUCCGUCAAGGGCGGCACUAAAGUCAAACUCGCCCCUCCCAAGUCCAAGUAUGUCGAACACAUUCUCCUCGCCACUCAGUCCGGCGAAGCGGGUGUGGCUGAGGUGUUCCGCACCCUCAUCCACCGCCUGCGCGACUCCACGUGGACGGUAGCCUUCAAGUCGCUCAUCAUCGUGCACUUGAUGAUCAAGGAAGGCGCGCCGGAUGUCACGCUGCGAUAUCUGGCCGUGGCGCCGGAGAACAGACUGGCGGUCAACACAUUCACGGAUGUGCAGACGCAGGGGCAGAACAUCCGGCACUACUCCGACUAUCUGCUCGCGCGGGCGGAGGCAUAUGCGGCGGCCAAGUGCGACUUUGUGAGCGUGGGAGACGGAAGGAUGAAGAAGCUCACAGUGGACAAGGGCCUGUUGAGGGAGACGGAGAUUGUGCAGCGUCAGAUACGCGCGUUGGUCAGGUGUGACUUCUUGACCAACGAGACCGAGAAUGAGAUCUCACUCACAGCCUUCCGCCUCCUGACUCGUGACUUACUCGACUUGUACAACGUGGAGAAUGAGGCGGUGAUGAACGUGCUAGGCCGUUAUUUCGAGAUGUCCCGCCCAGAUGCCGAACGGGCGAUCGAGAUCUAUAAGGCAUUCUGCAAGCAGACGGAUGCGGUGGUGCAAUACCUUAGUGUCGCUCGACAGUACGAGCAUGCCACGCGAUUGGAGAUACCGAAGAUCAAGCAUGCGCCGACGAGUCUGGCCAACUCGCUGCAAGAUUACCUGAACGAUCCCAAUUUCGAAACGAACCGACGGCAGUACAUGGCAGAGCAGGAGGCGAAGCGGACUGGAAAGCCGAUACCGAAACCUACGCCAGCAGGGAGCCAAUCUAAUGGCACGGCGGCAGCAAAGAAGCCGUCAGCCUCCGCAACAGCGCCAGCAGCUGCGGCAGCUCCACCAACACAGACAAGAGGCCCCGCGCCAGACUUGAUAGAUUUCUUCGCAUCCAUUGAGCAAAACCAGCAGCCUAUGGCGCAAAGCGUACCGCAAUUUCAGCAACAACCGACCGGCUUUCCGAUGCAGAACCAAGCGGCCGGUUUUCCUAUGCAAGCCCAGCAGACGGGCUUUGUGCCGCAACAGCAGCCUCAGCCUCAGCCUCAACAACCCUAUGCCUUCCAGCAGCAGCCCCAUUCCACUGGCAUGAAUGGCUUCGUAAGCCAGGGUGCAUCGACGAAUCCUUUCGGGCAGCCACAGCAGCAACCACCACAGCAACAGCAACAGCAACCGCAGGGAUUGCAGACCCAGUUCACCGGUGCAGGUUUCGGCGGUUACGGACCACAACCACAGCAGCAGCAGCAAAGUUUCAUGACUGGAAACGCUUUCAGUCCCGUCCAGACGCAGUCACCCGUACAAGCGCAACCUCCUCCUCAACCCAUGCAACCGCAGAUGACAGGCACCACGAACCCUUUCCGACAUUCAGCUAUGCCGACCGGCACAACUUCGGCAAUGACGUUCGGACAACAGCCACUCCAGCGCUCAUCUACGAACCCGUUCGCGAGAUCGUCGCCGUCGCCAGCCACAACGGGUCACAGCAUGACUGGUCUCAGUCAAAUACCCGAACACGCGACGACCUACCCUCCUCCUCAUCAGCAGACACAACACCAGCAAGCGUCGUUCCAACCUAUCCAGCCUCAAGCUACUGGCACGAACCCCUUCGCUCGUAACACCUCGCCCCCACAGCAGCCACAAGGACCACAACUGCAGCCGCUGCAGAUGCAAGCAACAGGUAGUACGAACCCUUUCCGCCAAAGCGCCUUUGUGAAUCAGCAGACGGGACAAGGUUGGCAGAGUGCUCCCCAGGCUACCAUGGGUGGGUUAGAGCAUUUGGAGACCAUCCCGGUGUUUCCCCGGCCAGGGCAGGGACAG